AUGGCAAUAGUCUCCGCGCCUCGGCUGGUAGCGUGCUUGCUGAUCCUAGCGGUCGGAUUCAGCCACGUGGCGGGCAUCCGGUUCGAGGUGACGGCGUAUAGCAAGUGUCUCGGCGAGGAGGUUCAGGAGGGGACUCUUGUUGUCGCGACGUACCAAGUGGUGCCGAGCGGCGAGAGUAGCCCUCUCACCAAGAUCACCGCUAAGGUGACGUCCCCGUUUGGGCGGCAGCUGCACUGGCAGAGUGACGUGGAGGAGGGGCACUUCGGAUUCACGGCCAAGGAGUCGGGGCAGUUCAUGGCUUGCUUCUGGAUGCCACAUGGCACUCCAGGCAAGGAUUCCCUCAUGGUGGACCUGGAGUGGCGGUCAGGCGUGGCAGCCAAGGACUGGGAGAGCAUAGCGAAGAAGGAGAAGAUCGAUGGCAUGGGGCUGGAGCUGAGGAAGCUGGAUGAAACAGUGAGGGCCAUCCGAGAUGAAAUGACCUACUUCCGGGGGAGCCUUGCUCCCUUCGCUGCACCGCUAUCAGCAAGUUUCGCUGCAGGCCAAUGGCGUGGCUCCUCCCAGUUUCUCGGCGAUUCCAUCGGCACCAGCUCAUUUGUAUCUGCUAUAUGGCGUAACGCGGGGUGGGACAGCUCGCUGACCCUCACCAGCCAGAGAAGCACGCCGAUCCUCCCCAAAACAGAGGCAGCUGGCUGGACUCGAAAAGGAGGCAAGUCAGCAGGAGGCAGCGGCGGCAAGACAGCCAAGCCCAAGGCCAAGUCGUGGAAAGAACGCCACGAGAAGUUCGUAAAGCCGUUUAUUCUUGACGUGUACAUUUCCAAGCGUUACGCCCUGUUGACGGACGAGGCAGUAGCAGCAGUAGCGGCGCUGCUCCCUCCCGUGGCCAGGGGCAGCCUCCCUGCCGUGUGCUCGUGGGCUGAUGCGAUUGCGCACACCAAGGGGUGGGCCUGGUCCGCGCCUCUGCACUACAUUGAUACCCCUGACUUCGCUUGUUCCUACGAUGAACGCCGUGAUUGUGCCUUCGCCCGUCACCCUAAUGUGUGCGCCGCUAACGCGAUCACCGAUUACACCUCCCACUGCAUCACCUACUCUUCGAUUCCACUCCCUCUCUCCCCUUCCCUCCCUCUCCUCUCCCCCACUUCCUCCUCACAGGCGAUUGUGCCUUCGCCCAUCACCCUGGAGUGUGCGCUAUCAUCAACUACACAUCCCAGCGCGUCACCUGCUCUUCCAUUCCACUCCCUCCCUCCCCCUCCCUCCCUCCCCCUCCCUCCCUCCCCUCUCCCCCACUUGCUCCUAGCAGGCGAUUGCGCCUUCGCCCAUCACCCCGGAGCGAUUGCGCCUUCGCCCAUCACCCCGGAGUGCGAUUGCGCCUUCGCCCAUCACCCCGGAGUGUGCGUUGCCAACGCUAUCAUCAACUACACAUCCCAGCUCCUCACUUACACUCCACAUUCCUCCACACAGCUCCAUUCUUCUCUCCAUCAUUCCAUCCCCACAUCCUCCCCCCAAUCCGCCUCUCCCUUCAAGCCUGCCAUUUUCACCACCUCCCCUCACCGCCGGAGUCUCCUUUUCAGAGGGGUAUAUGAGACAGAAUCUGGGGUGCUGGGGGGUGGUGAGGAGGAGGGAGACGGACAAGUGGGAGCAGGGGAGGAGGGUGAAGAGGAAGAGGAUAUGGUGCGGGUGGUAAAGGGAGUGGUUGGAGACGGUGCGUGGAGUGCAGCUCCUGCUGCUGCUGGUGCUGCUGCUGCUGGUGCUGCUGCUGCUGCCAGUGGUGCUGCUAGUGAGCAACAAGCAGCACUGGAUGUGGGGUCCAUAAGACGCUACAACCUGACAGAGGCACUCAUGUUCCUCGCGCACUUUGCAGGGGACGUGCACCAGGUGAGCUAUUAUCGGUUAGUAUGCCAAUCAGGUGUGGGACAUAUACAUCAUAGCCUUGGCCAUCCACCUGCGCUGAACCAGCCUGCUGCUGCAUCACACCGUUCCUCAUGCCUUCAGGGUCCUUCACCUUCCCCACCCCUCUCCACCCUUCUCCACCGCUCUCCACGCCAGGUGUGGGACAGCUUUAUCAUAGAUUCGGCCAUCCACCGGCGCUACAACGGCAGCAGCACCGCCAUGCUGCAUCACAUCGCCCACCAACUCGCCUCCGACUGGCCGCCCCUCAUCCCUGCCUGGGCCUCCUGCCCUGGAGACGUUCUUUCUCCUGCUGCUGCUGCUGCUGCUGCUGCUGCUGCUGCUGCUGCUGCUGCUGCUGCUGCUAGUGCUUCUGGUGUUUCUGAUGAUGCUCAAAUCUCAUCGCAUCUUUCUCCUGCUCAGGCUGCUGCCUGCCCAGCUGUAUAUGCCAUGGAGAGUGCAAAGGAUGCAUGCAAGUGGGCCUAUUGCAACGCGACACCUGGAGCUGUGCUUGGAGAUGAGUACUUCGAUUCGCGCCUGCCCAUAGUGGAGAUGCGCAUUGCCAUGGGUGGGGUGCGCCUUGCUCGUAUUCUCAACCACAUCUUUGCUGCUCUUAGGCCUGAACAGUAA